GUGAUUAGUGAAUAUAGUGAUAACUGAUGAGCUCAAGAGUUUGAACUUUCUAAUAUCAUGAUACUUUUAAGUUUUAACUUUUAAGUGUUCCACGAAUCUUUUUCCCCAACAUGUAAAACCAUUCGAGCUAUAUAUUAACAUGUCCAAAGAUAAUUCGAAUGACUUACAAAUGAACUAUGAAGAACAGUUAGUCCAGGUAGAAAAGGCAAUUGCUCUGUCAAAAUGUGAUGGUCAACUGAAUGAGUUGUUGUUGUUAAGAAAUAGCUUGAAAGAGUUGAUCGAAUUGACAAGUGAGGCUAGCACAUCUAACCAACAGUAUACAGAUUCUUUAGAUGAAGAAUAUGCAUUAUUCAAGGCAGAAAUUGAUAAACCGCAACAUAUUGACUUAAAUGAUUGUGAUGAAGAUGAAACAUCUUCUUGUGAAAUUGUUAAUGUCUCCAACGAAAAUAAUUUAACAAGAAAUAGUCAAGUGGAUGUGGUAUCAAUCACAUCAGAUGAUGAUUCCAAUGCAUGUACAAUUGUAAAUGACAACUUUGAAGACACUGAUUCAAAUGGGAUUGAAAAUGAAUUAGAAAAUCUUCAAGGUACUAAAUGCCAAGCGCCAUUUGAUAAUGGUUAUGGUAAUACUAGUUUUCACAAUGCACUUGUCAUGUCGGUCAAUAUGAAUGAUUCAACAAAUGCACAGUCAUUAGAUAACAUAAUGGUUACUGUUUUGUAUACAAAUCCUACAAGCAACGAAAUGCUACCUUGUCAGUUCUUUUUGAAUGGAGAAUGCAAAUAUUCUGAAGAACAAUGUUAUUUCUCACACGGUACCCAAGUACCAUUAUCUAGUCUUAAGGAAUUCAAAGAGCCAAAUUUUGAAAACUUAAAAAAAGGUAGUUUGGUGUUGGCAAAAACCCGUGAAGGUGGCCUUUGGGCUAGAGCCAUUAUAUUAGACAUAGUACAUAGCACAUUAAAAGAUGAUGGACUAUGUGUUGUACGGUAUGAAACUAAAGGUCUAGGAGAAACCGAGGUUGCAAUGCAAAAUAUAUACCCUUUAGUAGGCAACGAUGAGAAUUUGCUUGAAAUUUCUUCUUCAGACAGUGAUGAUGAAAAUAGUAUAAAAGAUCGUGACUCGGCUAUUGUAAAUAAAAUAUUACUAAGCACAGAGCCAUUGGAAUGUUUGGGCAGCUGGGAAAAACACACAAAAGGUAUUGGUUCAAAACUAAUGGCUAAAAUGGGUUACAUAAUGGGAGCUGGAUUAGGGAAAAAUGGUGAGGGUCGAAUAAUUCCCGUAGAGGCAACUGUUCUUCCAAAAGGAGUAUCUUUAGAUCAUUGCAUGGCUGUUAAACAGUCAGAACAUCGUCAAGAUCUUCAAAAAAAGCGCAAAAAACAAAUGAAACUUGAACAGUCUAUGAAAAGGUCUUAUGAAAAAUCAGUAAAGAAACCACAAGACAUUUUUACAUUUCUCAACAAUAAACUAAAUGUUCAAAACGCCAGCCAAGAGAAGAAAACUGUUGAUGAGAAAAAAUUAAAAACUUCAACUACACACGACUUAAAUGUACGCAGUUUAAAAAUUGAAGAAGACAUUAAACGACAACAAAUAACCAUUAACGAGUUAAACCACAAGCUAAGUCGUAGUACUGCAGGUUCUACGCAACACAAACUAGUUGACCAGAAGUUACACGAAGCUAAUACUAACUUAAAAAAUUUAAUAGCUGAAGGAAAAUCUAUAGAAAAAGAACACGUAUAUAGAGAAACACACAAAAAAAUGACUGUUUUUUAAUAAUACAAAUCAUACAAAUUAAAUACUAUUUAAUGCUUCUAUAAGUAUUAAUUUUGUUUGAAAUUCGUUCUCGUUCUUUAAUUUAUUUAAAGAUAUAGUAGCUUCAGGAACAGCUGCUACUAGUGUUCUUAUACAAUCCACAAUCGCUGUAAUAUUUUCAUCAUUUGGCGGCAAUGAAUUCAAAUUGUCUUCAUCGUAAAGGGCUUUGACCAAUAUUGUUAGCAAAGUUUUCCAAUGAGUUGCUUUCCUCGGCCAUGUUUGAAGAAUAAACACUUUUAUAGCCUUAUAUAAACAACAAUAAAAAAAACAAUUGAACUGUACACAUUAGAUACUUUUAUGUAAAUAUUAUAUAAAUAAAUGUAUUUAUUUGACUUA